AUGGAUUAAAAGGUUUAACCUCGUAAAACAGAUAUGUUUCAUUCUGAUGAAUAAGAGGAUAAUCAUAAUGAUUAUUUUUGCUAACAUGGUAUUGAUGAUCUACUUUAAUAUAAUAAAAACUGGGCAUAUAAAAUUUAGCACGAAGAUCCAAGCUUUUUUAAUAAACUCGCAAAAGCUUAAAAUCCUGAAUAUUUAUGGAUUGGAUGCUCAGAUUCUAGAGUACCUGCUGAAACUUUAACUGGCUUAGGUCCAGGCUAAGUUUUCGUCCACCGUAAUGUUGCAAAUUAGAUCAUUCAUACAGAUUUAAACGCUCUCUCAGUUGUUUAGUAUGCUGUUGAUGUUUUAAAAGUUAAACACAUCAUAAUUUGUGGGCAUUAUUAAUGUGGUGGUGUGAAAGCAGCUAUUGAAAAUCCUAAAUUGGGUUUAAUUAAUAACUGGCUUCUUCAUAUCAGAGACUUAUACUUAAGAUACAAAAAAGAUUUAGACAGAAUUCAAGAUAUGGCAAAGAAGGUUGACAAACUUUGUGAAAUGAAUAUUGCACAAUAGAUGUAUAAUUUAGGUAACUCUACAAUAUUACAAGCUGCUUGGGCAAGAGGUUAGGAAAUCACUAUCAAUGCUUGGAUUUACAGCUUAAAAGAUGGUACUAUAACAGAACUUGAUUAUGCUGCUUCAUCUAGAGAAGUUUUUGAAGAAGUUUAGGAAAGAGCUCUAAAAAAUAUUAUUAAAAAUAUUCCAGAUACUGAUGAGGUAACUGGUAGAUUAACAAAAAGAUAAUCUAGUAUAGUAAUAAGAAAUUCAGAUUAAUUCCACUGA